GCAACCUCCCCCCCUUUCCUUUCUCAUCAAGAUGGAAGCCGUCGAAGACGUGCUAAGCGAUGCUUUCCCCGAUAUUGACGAAGAUCUGUUUGAUUACCUCGAAGGCGUCUUGGAUGAGGGCAAGGAGGACUUCUCCACUUGUGACGAGGUUUACGAUGCCGUCGGCGAGAUGCUGUUGCAAAUCUCCGGCGACACCAAAGACGACAAUGAGAUCCGGGAGAUCUGCGCCCGGCUGCUCCACGUCAUGAAAGGGGAGUCCGAUGUGCAGAAUGGUGACAGCCACAGUGCCCCUGCGAAGGUUCUUAAUGCCCCAGUGCAGUUAAAAGCCUUGGCUGCUGAGUUUGAGAAUACUACCGAUGAAGUUCAAAGCAUCUGGAUGAAGCAGAGAGACAGUGCAUUGCAAGUGGACCAGAAGAAGCUAGAAAAGGCAGAGGCCAAAUUGAAGCAGAAGCAAGAGAAACGGGAAGUCGGUGGGGAGAAAGUGGUGCCUGUUCAACCUGUGUUGAAAGCUGCCACAGCAAGUCAAGCAGUCAGCAAGAGGGAAGCCCGCAUGGAAAGCAAGGGCAGCAACCGUACUCAGGACAUUCGUGUUGAAAAUUUUGACAUUGCCUUCGGCGACAAAACACUCCUAAUGGGAGCCAACUUGACACUGGCCUGUGGAAGACGCUACGGUCUUGUGGGCAGGAAUGGUAUUGGAAAGACCACGCUUCUGAGGAUGCUCUCCAGUGGUCAACUCAGGAUUCCAUCGCACAUCUCUGUGCUGCACGUAGAGCAGGAGGUUGUGGGAGAUGACACCAUCGCGCUGGACAGCGUCCUUUCCUGCGACGAGAAGAGGCAGCGGUUGCUCAACGAGGAAAAGGAACUUACCGCCAAAGUGGCCGAGAAAGAUGACCCGGCACUGAAUGAACGGUUGUCUCAGGUCUAUGCCGAACUGCAGCACAUAGAUGCCGACAAGGCACCGGCAAGGGCAUCAGUCAUCCUGGCCGGUCUUGGCUUUUCCUCGGCAAUGCAGCAAAAGAAAACCCGAGAGUUUUCCGGAGGAUGGAGAAUGCGAAUAGCAUUGGCAAGAGCACUGUUCACGAGGCCUGACUUGUUGCUGCUUGAUGAACCUACAAACAUGUUGGACAUGAAAGCAAUCAUUUGGCUAGAAAACUACCUACAGGACUGGCCUACGACACUGCUGGUGGUCUCCCACGACCGGCUCUUCCUGGACACCGUCCCCACAGACAUCCUGCACUUCCACUCACAACAGAUCACAGGCUACCGGGGUAACUAUGAGAACUUUGUCAAAGUCAUGACAGAACGGCUCAAGAACCAGCAGCGCGAGUACGAGGCGCAGCAGCAGUACAAGGCACAUGUGCAGGUCUUCAUCGACAGGUUCCGGUUCAAUGCAAAGCGUGCCUCCCUAGUGCAGAGCAAAUUGAAGAUGCUGGAAAAACUGCCUGAGUUGAAGCCCGUGGAAAAGGAGGUUGCAGUCACGCUACGGUUUCCCGACCCGGAACCACUGUUCCCACCAAUCCUGCAGCUCGACGAGGUGUCCUUUGGUUACAACCCUGGCCAGAAUGUGCUGGAACGCGUCAACCUUUCGGCCAACCUGCAGUCAAGAAUCUGCAUUGUCGGUGACAACGGCUCCGGCAAAACGACGUUGCUGAAGAUCCUCAACGGCGAGUUGAACCCGACGGCAGGAGUGCGGCAUGUGCAUCGCAACCUGGUGAUCGGCUACUUCACCCAGCACCACGUCGACCAACUGGAAUUGGGCAUCUCCUCGCUAGAGUUCAUGGCUAAGCAGUUUCCUGGGAAGUCGUCUGAGUACUACAGGCAACAGCUGGGCUCCUUUGGUGUCACCGGCGACCUGGCAUUGCAGACCAUUGGCAGCCUCUCUGGAGGCCAGAAGAGUAGGGUCGCAUUCGCCCUCAUGUCCAUGCUACGGCCUCAUUUCCUAAUUCUCGACGAGCCUACGAAUCACUUGGACAUAGAAACCAUUGAAGCCCUGGGGCAGGCCCUGAACAGGUUUCAGGGCGGUGUGGUGUUGGUGUCCCACGACGAGCGGCUCAUCCAAAUGGUGUGCCAGGAACUGUGGGUGUGCAGUAAUCGCACGGUGCGAAGCAUCGAAGGUGGCUUUGCGCAGUAUCGCAAGUUGAUCGAAGAGGAGCUGGCAGCACAGGGACAGUGAGAAAUGCAUCGACGAUUCGACGGGCUUGUCGGCAAGAAAAAAAAGAAGCGAAGAAGAUUCCUCUACUGGGGGAAAAUGCAAGGACGUGAAAGAACAUUUGAGACAAGCAAGCUUAGCACGGACCGACAGUUUGACGCUUCCAGACAUCUUUGUUUUGUGUGUGCGUGUGCGUCGCCGGUCUUCACACAGCCCAUUAUUUAUCUUAAUUGCAGAAAAGAAAAAGAAAAAAAAGUCUGCUAUGACUUGCGAAAGAGAACGCUUUUUUUUUCUUGCCGAGUAGCCAUGGCAUGUUUUGGUGUUAUUUCCUAGGUAUAGUAGUAUUUCUAUGUCGUGACACGUGUAGUGUGCACGCAUGGAUUACAACUCGGUAUACAACGAUUCAACUGUAUGAGUCGCAUCUAUUACGAGCCGGCAUCCGGCAUGUUCGCAUAACAUUAACACGCCCAGUGUUUGCAGCUGUCGUAGGUCACCGAUACAGCAGAAAGUAUGAUCUGCUCGGCUGGCCUUUUGCAGCUUCUGUGAAAUGUUGGUGUAUUGUGCAUUCGUGAAGCCUUGGUUCUUAUACCUGUCAAAGCUAUAGCUAAAAAAGUUUUGUUGUUGUUACUAGCUGUUUAAAAUAUUGUUUUUAACAGCAUGAUUUAUUACAGUGCCUUAAGCUUUUUAUGGUCAUUUAAAAAGAAAAAGAGCACAGUUGCUUUUAACUUUUGCACUCAAUUAUAUUGUUCUAAGCAAGUUUUAUUUUCUAUUAUAAUUAAACAUUGCUGAACAUUCGGUUUAAGCUCCAAAAAUUUGAUUCUGUAAGAAAUGAGCUUUCCUAAUCGUACAUAUGUACAUGUAUGUAAAGAUUGCCGAAAUUCUCAUUUAUGUGACAGUAAGCAGAGCAUUUCGUCAUUUUUCGAGCAGGAAAUAGAGCUUGAAAAUUUUGUGUGUUAUGUACAAUGAUUAAACAAUACUUCCAUUUUUCUCUAAAGGACA